GAAACACGAGAAUGAUAGUAUUCUGAAAGUUCUUAUCGUUUCACUUACUUUCCUCGCGUUUUAUAGUUGAUAAUUGUUGGUAGCAGGUUAUAUUUAUCACUGAAACCACCAUAUUUGGGGUAAACAGGCGGUCAUGAACGUAAAUGACUUAAUCCACCGGGUCACCUGGUCCCCCGCGUCUUUAAGUGAGGAACCGCUUAGAUUUGAAAGAGUGGUCUUUCUAACUGGCGAUGAGGAACCGGAUGAAAUCUUGUCCACGUACCGCAAGCAGCUUAAUGAUGAGGGCUAUGAAACUGAAGUUGUCAGAGAUCCCAUGGAAAUAAUCCCUCUCUUAACACUUGAUACUAUUGUUGUUCACAUACCACAUGCCGCGAAGGCUAAGGAUGAAGUCUACGAAGCCGUAACGAAGUCAUGUACCAGUCUAAUUAUAGCCGCAAAAGCCCUGUGCCAGCAUCACCAGCUCGACAAGAGUAAGACGUACAAAUUAUUCUCACUUAUCAAGAAAGACCUUGGCAUUCGAGAUUUAGGUUACGCUCCGCUAUAUGGUCUGGCGCGUGUAAUCAAGAUGGAAAUACCAGAGCUCUUUGGCGGAUUGUUCGAGGAUGACAAAAUUGGGUUUCCACUGCUCCCUAUUAAAUACGCACAGGGUUUUGAUGUUGUCAGAGUCUGCAAUGGUGUAGCGCAGACAGCUUCACUUCAACCUUUUCAGGAUUUAUCGAACGAUAGGAAAAUGCCACAAUUAAAUCCUCAAGGUACAUACUUGAUUACUGGCGGAACAGGGGGCUUGGGCCGGGAAGUUGCGAUUUGGAUGGCGAUGCGAGGAGCCCGGAGCAUCUUACUAGUAUCACGCUGUGGUCUCCCAUCCGCCCCAAACGGCGAACCAAGGGAUGCCAAUAUCGACAGGCUUGUUUCACGAAUCACUGAGCUCGAGGCGAUCGGUGCUACAAUUCACGUGUUAGCCAUUGACCUUAGUAAGCCCGACGCAGAUUCUACACUAAGGGAGGCUAUUGAUAACUUAAACAUACCGCCAAUAAAAGGAGUGGUUCACGCUGCAGGCAUCACAUGCUUUGAUACUUUGGAGCGUUGCACAACUUCUGAUAUCGCUAACGUAUUAGCGCCGAAAGUAGUAGGAGGUUUGAUUCUUGACAAAAUAUUCCCACCUGGUACAUUGGACUUCUUCACACUCGUAUCUUCAAUAGGGCAGCUCUCAGGAUCUCCAGGUCAGUUGACAUAUGCCCCCGCGAACGCAUUCUUGGACGGUUUGGCGACACAGAGAAGACGCGAAGGCGAUAACAGCGUAUCAAUUCAAUGGACUUGCUGGCGUAAUGUAGGCGUGGCGCCACAGAGUAUGUCAUCAACGAGGACAGUCGACAGGGGGCUAAAUAUCAGAGGCAUCACCGAAAUAUGCAGAGAAGAAGCAUUUGAGGCUUGGGAUCGCAUUACGAGUUUGAAAACUGACCACGCGGUGGUGGUACGUGCAUUGGAGCUUGAUGAGAACGAGCCGCUGCGACAUCCCAUCCUCAAGAAUAUCACACCACGCAAGAAAGAAAAGCGGAAGGUUAUGCUUACAAGUUAUAACAGCUAUCCGGAGAAUGCGGUGGCAGUGGUGGGAAUGGCUUGCCGAACAGCGGCUGGAGACACGGCAGAAGAUCUUUGGGAAGCAAUACAGACAGGCAGGACCACGGAGCGCGAGAUUGACUCGAAGCGAUUUCCUGAUGCAGUCAUGAAGGAUAAGAUGUGGGGUAACUUUCUAUCAGAUAUCGAUUCAUUCGACCAUCGAUUUUUCAAGAAAUCAAAGCGUGAAGCAAUGGCUCUAGAUCCGCAUCAGCGGACAAUACUUGAAACAACUUACCACGCACUCGAAUCAGCAACCUGUUUCGGUGGUGGGCAAAAGCAGGAAGCAGAGACUCACGAGAGAACUCAAAACAAAGAUACAACAGGAUGCUUCAUCGGCAUGAUUGCACCUGAUUAUUCUCUUAAUUUGGCUUCCCACCCAGCUUCGCCAUAUACAGGCAUUGGUAUGCAUCGCUCUUACGUAGCCGGACGGUUAAGUCAUCACUUUGGCUGGACAGGACCUUCACAAACCAUUGAUACGGCCUGUUCCUCAUCAAUGGUCGCCAUUCACCAAGCUUGCCGCUCUAUUCAGACGGGAGAGUGCACACGCGCUGUUGCGGGUGGCGUUAAUUUAAUAACAAACCUUGUUUUGUACGAUGCUUUACGUGUGGGCGGAUUUCUUAGCAAGACAGCAGGUUGUAAAGCUUUUGAUGUAGGGGCCGAUGGUUACUGCCGUGGCGAGGCCGUGGGCGUCGUGGUCCUAAAAUCGUUAAAUAAGGCACUAAAAGAUGGGGAUCAUAUUCAAGGGGUGCUGUUAGCUACCGGUAACAAUCAAAAUAUGAAUCACACAAGUAUCACCAACCCUGUUUUAGAGAGUCAAACAGCAUUAUACAGAGAUGUACUGGCCCGAGCUGGAGUUAAUCCGGAAGAUAUAUCUUACGUGGAAGCUCAUGGCACUGGCACGCGUGCUGGAGACCCUAUUGAGAUCAAGAGUAUUCGGCAAGUCCUUGGUGGGAAGGAUAGGCAUUCUAUCUUGCAGAUUGGUUCUGUAAAAUCAAAUAUUGGACAUGCAGAGGGAGCCUCGGGAAUAGUGUCGCUAAUCAAGGUCUUGCUCAUGAUGAAGCACGGAAAAAUUCCCAUUCAAGCUCAAUUCAGGACAUUAAAUACCAAUAUUCCGGCCCUGGAAACUGACAAGAUGGCUAUUUCAACGUCGUUACAGAAACAAUGGAGUGACGAUCUGCGGUUAGCAUUGGUCAACAACUUCGGUGCUUCAGGUAGCAAUGCUUCUGUUGUUGUCGCACCUCCACCACCUAGAUCAUCAUCUUCGUCGACAUUGUUAACAGACCGCGCAAUUUCUACCGCUUCCAUAUCUGCUUUACCAUUUUUUAUUUCUGCCGCUUCCAGAGCGAGCUUAUUGACUUACUGUAAUAAGCUGAAGACUCAGAUUGGGGAAGGCUCAUUAUCCUCUGAAUCAACUCCUAACCUGGCUUUCAAUCUAGCGACAAAACAGAACCGUCAGCUCCAGCAUGUCUAUUGCACUACUGCCACAUCUCUAACCGAUCUACAAGCUCAACUUGGCGAUUUUGAGGAACAUACCAUGACUUCCAAAAAGCCCAAACCUAUCGUUCUGCUUUUCGGCGGACAGAACGGUAAUACCGUACCGUCAGCCAAGCAUUUCUAUGAUAGUUCUUUGCUAUUCCAGACACAUCUGCACAAGUGCGAUGAUGUGAUACGAUCACUCGGUUUGCCGAGUCUAUUUCCAGUUGUUCUCCAAGGGAUCCAGGGAGAUAGCGAUCUCGUUCUCCGCCAUGCUGCUAUGUUUUCCAUUCAAUAUUCAUGUGGUAUGUCAUGGAUUGACUCAGGGGUAAAGCCACAAGUGAUCUGUGGUCACUCGUUUGGAGAGUGGACGGCACUAACAAUAUCGGGGGCUAUGACUUUGAAAGAUGGUAUGAGGCUUAUUACUGGUCAGUACAGCCGCGCAUCCAUAAUACAAAAGUCUUGGGGUAACGACACGGGAUCCAUGAUAGCUAUAGAGGCCACUCUAACCUCAACAAACACAACGCCAAAUAAGCAUUUAGAAACUUUCUAUGAAAAACAUCCCGAUAUCAAGCUCGACAUAGCAUGUUACAACGGACCCAAUCAGUACGUCGUCGCGGGGCGCACUAUAAACAUGGAGCUUCUCGAAUUACACCUCCAGGACAAGAUAGCUAGUGGAGAAAAGCUAAGCUUCAAGGUUUUGAAAGAUGUCCAUGCGUAUCAUUCUGCCAUGGCUGAUUCGAUUGUUGGUGAAUGUGCUAAGUUGUCGAGUGAGAUAUCGUUUCAGAAACCAACUCUUCCCUUCGAAUCAUGUCACCAAUCUCUAUGGACCGGUCCUGGCUCCAAUAUCAUCGCCCGCCACACCCGCAGUCCUGUGUACUUUGGGCGAACUAUCUCGCGCGUCGCUAGUCGCCUAGGUCCUUGUAUAUUUCUAGAAGCAGGUUUCGGCAGCCCCAUCAUCAACAUGACUCGUAAUGCUCUUUCUCAAGCCCAUCCUCUGGCAGAACAUAGCUAUGUGGCCAUUAAUGGAAAAGAUCUCGUGAGAUCUCUCGCGGAUGCGACAGUCACAUUGUGGAAAAAUGGGCAGCCACAUGUUCAAUUCUGGCCAUUUCAUCGAAGCCAGCGAAUGAGCUAUGAAUCUAUCGCAAUACCACCAUAUCAAUUUGAGAAGGACAGACACUGGUUAGAUUAUAUUGAUCCAUCAGCGGACAAGAAGAGCAAGCCAGAUGAGCAUUCAACAAACUUGACUGGGGAAUGUCCACAUUGUUUGAAGAAUAUCAACGAUUUCCCUUACAUAGUGCAGGAUAAGUCACAAAUUCAGCCUGUGGAUAGAUUCGUUUUUAAGGUUGAUACGCGUAGUAAGCGCUACCAGGAACUUGUUGGGGGUCAUUCUGUGACUGGGUCUUCAAUAUGUCCGGCAUCAAUGUAUUUGGAGCUAUCUUCACACGCGGUCGUCUUGGUUUACCGUCCGCAGGUAAUGGCUGCUAACUCAGAGAUUACCAUUGAUUCUUUGGAGAUUAGGGCAGCGUUAGGAUUGGACACGCAGCGUCUGGUCAAGGUGAUCCUAACGAAGAAGGCAGAGAAGUCAUGGAAUUUUGAACUUUCCUCCACUAAAAAUAAUGAGAAGCCAAUUUCGCAUGCCACAGGUAAUAUUUCUCUGCACGAAAGGAACGGUCGUAUCAUCGAUGAACAGGCUGAGAAAAAUAUGUGGAGACACAUCACAAGUCUAUUAGACGAAGACACCGACGAUAUAGAAGCCGUACGAGGUGCAAUGGUGUACAAGAUAUUUGGGAAGAUGGUAAAGUAUUCAUCAAUAUAUCGGGGAUUACGUCAUUUGGCUGGCCGAGAUUCUGAAGGCGCAGGUGAAGUUAGUAUGCCGAAGGAAGAUCUAGACACGAUGGCCAGGACGCCGAAUGAUACUAUAUCUGAUCCUUUGAUAUUGGACAAUUUCAUCCAAGUGCCGGGGGCGUUCAUGAACUCUAUAUGCGAAGAUGAGGAUGAAGUUGAUAGUGGCGCUUCAUUUGUCUGUACGGGCAUUGAAACUGUAAGGCCUUUGAAUUCAAUCCAAGGUGAAGGGAAAUACAGAGUGUACACAAAAAUUGUCAGGGAUAACAAUAAAGAGACGGUAUUAGAUCUGUUCGCGUUCGAUAAACAGAGCCGGAAGAUUGUGUUUUCUGCCCAAGGAAUCAAGUUUUCGAGAUUACCACGCAAUAAGCUUGCUAAGAUGUUGGCGCGAGCUAAUCCGGGGAUUAAUUCCAAGGAGGAAUCACCUGGUUUCUCAAAAGCUGCUGCCUCAACACCGGCUCCCAAAAGCUCAUCUCAAACAAUCAUUAACGGCCCUACAAAGAAGUACAAAAAAGACCGUACAGAUGUGGUCGAUAUUCUGAGUGGUGUUCAAAAAAUCCUCAGCAUUUCACUAGAAGUUCCAGUUCGGAUGGUUACGAAACAGGCCACGCUAGAUGAGCUUGGUGCCGACUCACUGGUCAGCUCGGAAAUCCAGGCUAAAAUCUCAGAAAAAUUCAAGAUUGAUAUUUCAACUAGAGACUUUGAACAACUAAUUGAUAUCGCUUCUUUGUGUGAUCUGAUCUCUUCACGCAUUAGUGGUGAAGUUUCUGAUACCAGCAGUAACAACUUUGAAAACCAAAAUCCAGUCUCCAUUAUUGAGAAAGCAGAUAAUACAAAUUCAGAUUGGCAGAAGACUGUUUUCGAAAUCCUGAGCCAAUCUCUCGACGUAUCUGUCGCAGAAAUUGAGAUGGAUUCAAUUCUUGACGACUUAGGUGCUGACUCUCUUGUUGCAACAGAGAUUGUCAGCAAUUUGAAUGAAGCAUUUAGUCUGGAUAUACAAACAGCAGAGUUUGCUUCAAUAGUCGACGUGGCAUCUAUCUUCAGUUUGAUUCCUGGUGCAUCGGAUGUUGAUUCAAUCCAGACUCCAAUGAAUACUCCGCCAAAGUCUUCUCGAGCAAGUCCUACUCCAGAUAGUGGUAGUUCAGCGGCUCCAUACACGGGAAUAGACUUGAUUGAAAACAACGAGGGAACAACUUCGACCAAUUAUAACGCUGCUUCGGUACAUGCAGCUUUCAAGGAGAUUCGACACGGCUUUGAUAUUCAUGCUAAAACCACCAAUUAUUUAGGCUACUGGGAUAAGGUAUACCCGGAGCAGCUGAAAACAGUCGCAGCCUUCAUCAUCGAAGCUUUUGAGAAACUCGGCUGUCCCAUCAGACAUUUUCGCCAUGGAGAAAAACUUCCCGCUGUAGCACUCACACUUAAUAAGUACAAAAGAGAUAUCCUCCGGCUCUGGGAAAUCUUGGAAGAAGCGGGCGUCGUCGAGAAAAUAGGAGACGAAUUUGCAUGUGGCCCCGCUGCCAAAGACUACGACAAUAAAGCCAUGUCUGCCGAAUAUUUGAGUAAAAAGAUUAUUGCUGAAUUUUCUCAUUACUUGCCAAUCAACAAUAUCAUAAGUCUUAUUGGCCCUCAGUUGGCAGAUUCUCUCACCGGGAAAGUUAAUCCCAUCUCUAUCCUAUACGGUGACGACAAAGGCCGUAGUCUCCUUGACGACUUCUAUUUUACCACGCCAGAUGUACAAGCUGCUUCGAGAUUACUUUCUGAUUUUAUCUCCGCAAUCAUUCGCGCUCGAAUUUCUGAGAAUGAGCCCUUACAUAUUCUUGAAGUGGGUGCUGGUACGGGGGGUACUACUAAGCACCUUAUACCCUUUUUACAAGCUACUGGUCUCCCUUUCACAUACACUUUUACGGACCUCUCGAGAUCUUUAGUUGCACGCGCUAUGAAUACAACCUUUAAGGACAUUAAAAACAUGAAGUUUAUCAAACUCAACAUCGAGGAAACUCCUCCAGAGGAGCUGCUGGGACUCUAUCAUAUUGUAGUGUCAACCAAUUGUGUGCACGCGACACGCAACCUAAGUUAUAGUCUAAGCAAUAUCCACAAGCUAUUACGUCCUAAUAUUGGUUGUGUGGUGCUACUUGAAGGAACUCAGAAGUUAGCUUGGCUGGAUAUAGUAUUCGGCUUACUAGAUGGAUGGUGGCUAUUCAAUGAUGGCCGUCAGUACGCGAUGCAGAGUGUUUGGGCCUGGGAACGAGAUAUGCAAGCUGCUGGAUUCGCCCAUGUUGAUUGGUCCGAUGGAACGACUCGCGAAUCCCGAAGCUUUCGAGCCAUCUGCGGUAUGCUUGCCGAUACAGAGGACCCUUGUCCUGCGAAAACGACCUCCAUACUUCUGCACCGUGCCAUUUCGACUUCAGAAAACCGAAACUUGUUCCUUGUACCUGGCGGAUUCGGUUUUGGUGCCGUAUUUAGAGGCCUCUCGCCCUCAUUGGCUGUUGUUAAGAAUGUAUCUGUCUAUGCGCUUGAUAGUCCCUUCACAAUAAUUAAACCCGAUCCGAAACAGCCACCUAAAAUUGAGGAACUGGCUGCCAUUUAUGUAGCAGAAAUCAAAAGAAAGCAGCCCGAAGGCCCGUACCUGAUCGGCGGAUACUCUAUGGGUGGCGUGGUAGCCUAUGAGAUUGUACGACAGCUUCUCGAAGACGACAAUGAGGUUGAGAAGUUAUUCAUGAUUGACACUGCGUGUCCCACCUUCUCGGCCUCGCUUCCGAAAGCCCUGGUGGACUUUUUAGAUUCAAUAAUUGAAGUCCGCGCGACUAACCCGGCCGAAAUUAAAGACAAAAGAAUAGGAAAAAAUGAACAUUCUACGCUAGGAAAUCAACAACUGAUAAGGUACAAAGUGAGUAAGUUGCCGGGCAAAAAGAUUCCAUCCGCUGUUCUAUUCCUGGCGAGAGAGGGAUUGGAUAAGCAGAAGAAGAUACCUAGACCAGAAGUUUCGCCCGAAGAGCAGAGAACAGUGGAUUGGUUCUUGAAUGAUAGACUUGGUGAUGAAUCUCUUGGGUGGGAAGAGCUCUUGGAAGACGUGACGGUGAUUCCCGCCGAGGGUAAUCACUUCUCAAUGAUGAAACGUGCUUUGAUUAGUGAUUGGGGCGUGAAGCUUGCUGAGAUAUUGAGUGCUAUCUAGUAGUGACUUUCAUCAAACAAUCGAUUCUGCUUCGCAGGGGGGGGGGGCAAAGAACAUCAUGAAAUUGAAGAUAUAUCGAGACGAGGAAAAACCUAAAACUUCGCCUUUAUCUUCUCGUAUUUGUAGUGCGAGAUCUCAGUUAUGUCUUGAAUAUUAUUGAAAAAUCACAACUCUGAGUAAUUCUCUAAUCAAUUUUUGUUCUCAAAUUGUAUACUUCUGAUUAAUAUUUAUAGAAUAAUAUCGAUUCUAUAUUCUCAUACGUCUUCA